AUAUAUAUGUGUGUGUGUGUGUGUGUGUGUUUUGUAGCUAGAGGAAGAGACUGAACAACACCAAGUGAGAGUUCAUUGCAAUGGUCGAUCUACAUAAAGGUGAUUCUAAGUCAAAAUGCAUGCACUUAAAGUUUCUACCAAAAACAGCUUCAGCUAUCAGCUUCCAAAACCCUCCAAAUUUAAAUCCAUUUAUGGAUCAGAAGAGAUCACUAAGAAGCUAUGUCGGCAGAGGAUACUCUGGUCAUUUGAUAUCCAUAAUUCCUACAGAAGCUCGAUGGAAACCGGCCGAGAACUCAACCUUCCAAGCUCAAGAACCCACUUCACCUAAAGUUUCUUGCAUGGGUCAAAUCCACGACAAGCACAAGCACAAGAACAAGAUUAAAGAAAGCAAUCAGAUUGUCUCGGCGUCUAAAUAUUUCAGUAAGAAAACAUCCAUAAAUUGGAAUAUUUUUAGUACUGCCGCCAAACAAUUUGCUGGUAGAAAAUCUGGUGUUUCUGCCGCCAAAUUUUUGGACAGGGCACCUACUUUGAGUCAGAUGAAGCGGUUCGCGAGUGGUCGUGAUGGGUUAACUGGUCCUGAUUGGACGGCUCAGAUUGCUCCGGUGGAGUUGGAUUGCCUGAGUUAUUACACCGAUGAUGAAGAUAGAUCAGGAGAGACCAAAGAAGAAGAAAUUACCGUUCCUUUCUUAGCACCUAUAUGGAUAUGUGAAGGCGGAGGAUUAGCUUCUGAAUCAAGAAAAGAAGUUAAUCUAUGGAAGAGAAGAACCAUGGCUCAACCAAGACCUCUUGAAUUGAAUAAUCUGCUUCUACCAAACUGAUCAUACAUAGCUAGUUAUUAAUUGAACUUCAUUCCUUAAUUUAUUUAUUUUUUGUAGUUUUAGAUGUGCGUUUUUGAUGUUUCAGAAAUGACAAGGUUGUACAAAUACAUGUACGCAUAUAUAUACAUGUAUACAUAUAUUUCUCGGUCACUAUACAUAUACUGAUCGAUUAUAUUCUUCUUAAUUUUUUGAAGUGAAGUGUUUGAUUCCUUUAGACAGAUA